AAUGGAAUCAAAGCGGGGAAAAAGCUGGAAAAUUAGGUAACAAAUGUAAUGAGAGACGCGAGAGAGAAGAAAACAAAGAAACAAGCAAAGGCGUUGCCUCCACGACAAACAAGGAAUUAAACGCGGGAUCUACAACGUUGGGCGCGUCUUUGACAACCAGAGAAGUGCUCUGGUUUCUAUCGCCCUCACAUUUUUCUCGCUUCCCAUUUCGCUAAUCAGUAAUCACCGACCCAAUAUUCUCUCUCGUUCUCUUUCCUUUUAUUUCCACUAUCGAUUCCUGAAAGUCACUGUUGAGAAAUCAUUUCGAUUUUUGCUCUAGUUUCUGAGUCUUCAAGGUACUUCUUUUCAUUUCUUCUAUGAAUUUUUCUUCGUAUUUUCCCUACUAUGUUUUCAUCGGGUUUUAGCUGUUUUGUUGGGUUUCUUUCAAUUUUGAUUUUUUCUUACCGAGUUUAGUCGAGCGUGCCUUGUGCAAAUCUACUGUUGGAUCAGCCUAGUGUAAUUAGAUGCAUAUCUGUUGUUGAAUUUGGAAGUCUAAUAUGCUUGCCCAAUCUAUUUAUGUUCAUAAACGAAUAUACAUGAACUGUAGUUUAUCAUCUUUUCGAUUUAUUGGAUUUCACUGACUUACUGGGACUAUUAUCUAUCCGUUUAAAAAUGCAAUUGCAUACUGUUGGUCAGUUUGCCUUAAAGUGUUUGAUAUUUCGCUCCAACCAAGUUGAAGAUGUCUAGUUUUGUGGGCGUCCUUGUUUCUGAUCAGUGGCUUCAGAGCCAAUUCACACAAGUUCAACUUCGAAGUCUUAAAUCAAAAUUUGUAUCAGUGAAGACUCAAUCUGGACGAGUCACUGUGGGAGAUUCCCCUGUUUUUAAGAAAGUGAAGGCUUUCGGUGAUUUGUUCAAUGAGGAUGAGAUUGAGUGUAUCUUGAGGGAGUCAUAUAAAAACAUGGAUGAAGAAAUUGACUUUGAGACCUUCCUUCAGGCAUAUUUAAAUUUGCAAGGCCGAGCAAUGGAGAAAUCUGGCAGUUCAAAAAAUUCUUCUUCAUUUUUGAAAGCAACCACCACAACUGUUCAUCAUGCUAUUAAUGAAUCUGAGAAAGCUUCUUAUGUUGCGCAUAUUAACAGUUAUUUGGCAGAAGAUAAAUUCAUGAAGCAAUUUCUUCCCAUUGAUCCAUCAACAAAUGCUUUAUUUGAUCUUGCAAAAGAUGGAGUUCUCCUAUGCAAGCUUAUAAAUAUCGCUGUUCCUGGCACCAUAGAUGAACGAGCUAUUAACACAAAAAAGAUUCUUAAUCCAUGGGAGAGAAAUGAGAACCAUACCCUUUGCCUCAAUUCUGCUAAAGCUAUUGGGUGCACAGUGGUAAAUAUUGGCACACAGGACCUAGUUGAAGCUAGACCACAUUUGGUACUUGGCCUCAUUUCACAAAUAAUUAAGAUUCAAUUGUUAGCUGAUCUCAAUCUGAGGAAAACUCCCCAACUUAUGGAAUUAGUGGAAGACAGCGAGGAUGCUGAAGAGCUUAUAGGUUUACCACCUGAAAAAGUUUUAUUAAAAUGGAUGAAUUUCCACUUGAAGAAAGCUGGAUAUGAGAAGCAGGUCACCAACUUCUCUUCAGAUGUAAAGGAUGGAGAAGCUUAUGCAUAUUUGCUUAAUGCUCUCGCUCCGGAGCAUUCAGGUCCAGCAGCCUUGGCCACAAAAGAUCCAACUGAAAGAGCAAACAUGGUUCUUGAGCAGGCAGAGAAAUUAGAUUGCAAGAGAUAUCUCACUCCUAAUGACAUUGUGGAGGGGUCACCUAACCUUAAUCUUGCAUUUGUUGCUCAAAUUUUUCAGCAUAGAAAUGGCCUUGCAGUUGAUAGCAAAAAAGUGUCCUUUGCUGAGAUGAUGACUGAUGAUGCACUGACGUCUCGUGAAGAAAGAUGCUUCAGAUUAUGGAUAAACAGUCUUGGAAUUGCUACUUAUGUCAAUAAUGUUUUUGAGGAUGUCAGAAAUGGAUGGGUUUUGUUAGAAGUUCUUGAUAAGGUUUCACCUGGAUCAGUAAAUUGGAAGCAGGCAACGAAGCCUCCUAUAAAGAUGCCAUUUCGAAAAGUUGAGAAUUGCAACCAAGUUAUAAAGAUUGGGAAGGACCUAAAGUUAUCCCUAGUGAAUGUUGCUGGUACUGAUAUUGUUCAAGGGAAUAAGAAGCUCAUAAUAUCAUAUUUGUGGCAACUAAUGAGGUUUAGCAUGCUUCAACUUCUGAAAAACCUAAGAUCACACUCCCAAGGUAAAGAGAUCACCGAUGCUGAUAUUCUAAACUGGGCGAACACUAAAGUGAAGAAAGCAGGAAGAACUUCCCAAAUGGAGAAUUUCAAGGAUAAGAGUCUCUCCGGUGGAAUUUUCUUCCUUGAGCUUCUGAGUUCUGUGGAAGCAAGGGUAGUCAACUGGAGUCUUGUUACAAAGGGGGAGACUGAGGAAGAUAAGAAGUUGAAUGCAACAUAUAUAAUCAGUGUUGCUCGAAAACUUGGCUGUUCCAUUUUCCUGUUACCUGAGGACAUAAUGGAGGUGAACCCGAAAAUGAUACUUAUUUUGACUGCUAGCAUCAUGUAUUGGAGCCUGCAACAACCAGAAGAUAAUAGCAUCCCAGAAGUUACAGUAGAUGAAGAAAACAAAACAAAUUUGACUAAUGAGAUAUCCAAUUUGGCCAUUGAUGACAACGAGGACGAGGACGAAGAUGAUACUGUUUCAGAGAAAGCUGAAACCCAAUAGUGGUUAAGAAAAUACAAAAUACAGUCUUCUUCAUAGAAAUAGCUUAUUUCUUUACAUUAUAGAGAAUCGCACAGAAGUGUCCUGUAAAUUUUUCUUCAAAUUAGAGCUUUUUGGUUGUUAGGCAUAUUCUUUGACGGGAAUUUACAUGCAAUUGUUCCCAGUAAUUUUAGAUGGGGACAAAAAGGGGACUGUAUUAUUUUCUGGAUUAAUACCAAAAUUACUUUCAUUUAUGCAUGAACAUGUUGAAAUUGAAAUUAUAUGAAGAAUUGAUCAUGUACUUUUUCAGGCUUCCCGUUUGAAAUUAUAUGAAGAAUUGAUCAUGUGCUUUUUCA